AUGGGCUCUGUCGUUGUGAUUGAUGUCGAUAAAACAGCCUCUUCUCUGCCAAAAUUGGCUGAGAAUGCUGUAACAACAUUGUAUCGACACGACUGCGCGAACGAAGACGGCUACGGAGAAAAGUGCCCUCCAAGAUGGUCCAAGUUUGCGAGCCAUGAUGAUGACCAGUCUCAUCUCAAGAACUCUAUCAAGAUCGAUCCCAUCAUUCAUCGCCACUUUUUCAACAAGGAUGACAAGAAAUGGGUAACCGAGUCGUUCACCGUCCAGGAUCCGUUGAUGCGCAGUCAUCUCCGUGUUGCGCUAGCCAAUUAUCAGGACUUCGAUCUGGAACUAAAGAACUGGACAUUCAAAGAGCCGUUCUCUCCUAUUGUUCACCGUUGGGAUCGUCUCAAUGAUCUGUGUGAGAAGACUACAGACCCCCACGCGAAGACAGCCAUCGACCAUUUGAUGAAGUUCCUUGGACCAAUUCUGGCUCCCUCCAUUGGAUCUCUCAUUCAAACCAAGGCAACCGGCAAGGUCGAUUUCGACAACGUUUGGCAGAUCUUCCCACCAGGAGAGCUCGCCGUCACAUCUUUCUUCGGCAUCCAGGCAGUCACCCGCAUACUUCGGUAUGAAUUGAUUCAACCGCGUUGCGAACCGCCCUACUGGCAAGUAGAAUUCGAGUACCUUGAUUGGAACGGCGAGCGCUGUGGCUAUACUUCGGCCAAGUCAAAGAUCAGGUAUUUCGAUGGCAUGAAAUUUGUCACUAGUCUUGGCGUUUCUUCCGCCUCGGAAAUCAGGGAGCGGCUCACGGCAAGAGGGCGCAAAUUUGAGAGCCUCAGAGGUUACCAUUUCAGGACUUGCAUGGGAACCAAGAUUCUCCUCGAGACUAAGUGUCCUGAAGAGCGGCCCGUCGCCGGCAGGGUCAUCGUUGAUGCUUUCGCCUACUACACGAGCAACAACAUCGUCAAGCCUAACCUGAGGUCUUUGGAAGGUACAGAGGUCACUGAAGUCGUCACCGAUGCAUCUGAAAGUGAUGAAGAGGAAGAGGACGAGGAUGAAGACGAAGUGAGAUCUUGCACCAGCUCUGAGGACUCCGACAAUAGCAUCUCGGACCUAAAGGCCGUGAAGCCUUCCGGGGGGUCGCUGGAGCGGACUGAAACCCUGCAGCCUCUUACCGAUGAGCAGUGCCUCCUGGCGUCUCCCUGGCUCAAAGGUCUGGACCUCAAGACUAAGGAUUGGGCGCAAUUCAAUGUCGACGAACUCGACGAUAUUGUCUGGAAUGAAGCUGCAUUUGAUCAUCUAGUCCUGCCUGGAAACGAGAAGGAGCUCGCAUGGGCUUUUGUGGAAAACAAAACUCUGUCAAACAACCAGUUUGACGACUUUGUACAAGACAAAGGCAGGGGGCUGAUAAUCCUUAUGUUCGGACCCCCUGGCGUCGGCAAGACGUACACGGCCGAAGCCGUCGCCGAGAAAUCUCGCGUUCCACUUUACGGAAUGAGUGCCGGCACGCUGGGUACCAAGCCGAAGCAGAUCGAGGCAGCCCUUGACCGCGCUCUGGAGCUAUGCAGGCUCUGGAACGCCAUGCUGCUUCUAGACGAAGCGGACGUGUUCCUCAGCGCCCGGACUGACACGGACCUGGCUCGCAAUGAGCUCGUGGCUGUCUUCCUUACGAAGCUCGAGUACUACCAGGGCAUUUGCUUCCUGACCACCAACCGUAUCUCCAGCCUGGACCACGCGUUCCAGUCCCGAGUCGAUCUGUUCCUGCCUUACCGGGACCUCAAGCCGGAGGCGCGCCGACAGGUGUGGGACAAUUUCAUCAAGCGUGCUGGUGACAAGCAGUUUGAUGUCGACGCUGCGGGACUGGACGAACUGUCGAACAUUCAACUGAAUGGCCGAGAGAUCAAGAACCUGAUCAAGAGCGCGCACCUCUUGACACUCAAGGGUGGCGAGAAGAUCACCAAGGAUCGACUCAAGAUGCUGGCUGAGAACCGCAUCAAUGCCCUGGGAGCGCUCAGCGAGUGA